AUGAGUGUCGCAACCCACCCUCUUGGCAGGCGCAGUCGGGCAGAUGCUAAUAUGAGUCGGUAUCCGCGCGGUCUUAGAAUCAACGAGGAUGUCGUUGUUCAUUUAAAAUGGGGGCAGACGGAAUACAAGGGGCAAUUGAUCAGUGUGGAUUCAUACAUGAACCUGCAGCUGUCGAAUACAGAGGAGUUCAUUGACGGAAAGAAUACAGGCACUCUCGGGCAAGUGCUAAUACGGUGCGUUCUCCUGGCCCUGAAGCGCCCGUUUUCGUUUGUGUGA